CUUCGAUGAAGAUUCGACAUAGACAAGAGUCAGGAGCACGACCUCCGCGUAUUCGCAUUCCCAGUUCAUUUUGAUCCUAGAGAGAGUUGCAAGGUGGAACGUGAUAGACAGACGCCUCCGUUCGUCCCCUAUCAUCUGCGCUACUCCCCGAGCCCGACGUCUUUUCAUCCCCGAUGCGACACAGACCAGCUGUUCCUGCUUCAGGAGGCCCUGGUAGGCCUUUUCUCCUGCUUGUUUGGACGGCAGUCCUGUCAGCGCUACUUAGCAUAGCACAGGAACUGCCUUCCUUUCCGAAUCAACCGGCAAGGGCUGUCAUCCAGUCAUGUCGAGGCUGA